AAUGAGGCCACACCAGUGGAGGAUCAGUGUUUCAGGCUGACAGCCUUCCAUCAGAACUGGGAGUGGGUGAUGUGCAGGGGAGGAGACGGGUGUGACAGGUGGGGGCCAGGAUGAGAUGCUUCACUGAGCCCCGUUGGCUCCAGCCUUCACCCCCCCCCCCCCCGACCACAGGGUGCCCACCGGGCCCAAGGACAUGUUCAUGAGGAGAACUCGGCGCCAUGUUGCCAUGGCAACGUCUCAUCUGGUCGAGCAGACCCGACGUGGGUCCGUGUGCUGAGUGCUGUGGCCUUUCCUGCUGGAACCGCGAUCGGGAGAGUACCUGAGGCCGCCCCGGACCGACCGACCGACCGACCGACCGACCGACCGACCGACCGACGGCCGCGGCCUCGCGCGUGGCGGAAAGCGCGGGUUUCCAGCCGCAUCAGCGGGCCUCGGACGUCACGUUUUACGUCAGGCCCUUAGCAACGGGCCUUGGAGGGCAGAGGGCGGCGCCGGAGGUGGAACCCCUCCGUGCCUUGCCGCACGCCGGCCGAGGGCCGACGAUCAGGAUGGCCGAUAAAGAUUAUGAUAGUGAACAAAACAAAGGAAGCAUUAAUGAAAACAAGCCACAAGCAAGUGGUUGCAGGAAAAAUGUCUACACAGAUGUCGAUUUAAGAGAGGAAUCUUGCAGCUUAGUGGAUGAAGUUACAGCAACCUCAGAUAUUGAAGAUUCCACACUUGAUUUCAGUGGCAAGCCCUCAAAUUGUUUUUUGGGACCAGAUUCUAGUGUAGAAGGGAUGUGUGAAAGAACAAAACAGCUAGUUAACGAAAUAAAUAAAAGUAGAAUAAAAGAUCACAAGUUGAUGAGCAACUUUAAGGACACUCUUAUUAUGAAGGUUUCAGAAUUCUCUAAGAAGAUAGAAGAAGGAUUGUUUGAAAUCUACAGCAGUGAGAAUAAAUUGAUUGAGGACACACUGCAGGAGCUGUUGAACAUCCUGGAUAGAAUCAGAUGUUUAGAGUCUGAACUUAAACAGACCUGCAAUGCCAUGGCCACAGUCUACAAGGACAUGUGUUCACAGCCAGAAGUCUAAGUAGUAUCUUAUGACAUAAGGUACUGUGCAGAAUCGGUAUUCAUUUUAUUUUCUCCUUUUUUUUAAAAAAAAAGUUCAGUAUCGUAGGUAAAUUCCUUUGUGGCCAGUUGGCUUGCUAUGACUUAAUGGUUUAUUUUGCAGUCCAGUACAGUUACGCUUUGGGCCACAAAGUGGCAAAAUAUACACUCUGCUGAGAUACAAUUUCUCAAAUUUAGAGCUAUAUUUAAUUAAUACUCAACAUAGAUUUAUAUGAUGGAUUUUGUUUGGAAAAGUUUGCCUCUAACAAUUGUAAAAUAAAUUACAGCUUUGGAAAUGGCUUUAGAUUAGAGUUUGUGAUAUUUAAAAAGAGAAGUACAAAGGUAGGACAUUGUAUUGAUGUAUUAGCAUAACGUGUAGUAACAUAGUGAACGUACACUCAUCGCUGCGCUUCCUGCACUACCUGUUUCCAGUCACAAAGAAUUUGUAGAUAAAUUUAUUUACAACCCUAGAGCACAUACACACUAUGGUAGUAAUAAAGGAUUAUACAGGAGAUAACUCAUUUUAAAAUAUAUUAUUGAUCAUAAAUUCUGGUGUGUAUUUUUCAUAAAAGUUAAUGGAUGGGGAAGAGUAUGCAUUAUGUUUGCAAUGGGCAAAUGGAUGGACAUCACAUCCAUUCAGUCAGCCUCUGUAUUUACCCUUUAUUGCUGAGAAA